UAUUGUAAGAAAAAAAUGGCGGAUCCAAAUGAGUGGCGAACUCAGGCUUUUCGCACGAGAAUAGUCAACAAACUAGAAGAUGUUAUGCGAAACAGCCAAACACAGAUGCCCAAGUCCAGUGUGGAAAUGGAAGAGUAUGUCUUCCAGAAGGCCCACACCAGGGAUGAGUAUCUUGAUCUGGUAGCCCGAGUUCUACUGUCCGUCUCGGAGCACAACUCUAAAGAAAAGAAGGCGCCACAGGGCAUGGGAGUACCCAACAUGGGCCAGCCGGGAAUGGCGAUGGGACCGGCGGGAAGCAUGGGCAACCCGCAGCAACCCAACAUGGCCGCCGUCCAAGGUCAGGGUCUGCCAGACCCGAUCAAUGCUCUGACCAACCUGGCUGGCCAAGGGGGCAGUGGCAUGGGUAUGAUGCCGGGCAUGCACAAUAUGGGCGGGGCCAGCCGGCCGCCUCAGAUGAUGGACCCAUCCCACAUGAUGACCUCCCAGCGCAUGCAGCAGCACCCGCGCUCCCAGAUCCCGCAGAAACCCGCGCAGUUAACGACCACAGACGAUGCCAGGAGCAGGCGGGCAAGCUUUGCCUGCUUCUAAUGCUAACAUGAUAUACCAAGGUGCUCCGGUUCGCUCCAUGGGGCCUAUGGGAAUGCCAGGACAAUAUAUGGCCGGUCGUGAUGCCAUGACAGGAAUGCCCAUACAGACACCACCUCAGGGGUCCCCGAUGACCAUCAUGUCUCCCCACAGUCAGCCCAGCAUGAUGAGCCCGCCGAUGAUGCGACCGCCCAUGGUGGGAGCCCCCUCGCCCUCCACCAUGCUCCACACGCCAGGCACGUCGGUGUCGAACCCCAGCCCCGGCCCGCCCAGCACGUCCCAGGAGGAGAUGGAGUACCUGAAGAAGCUGGAGAACCUGUCCAAGUACAUCGAGCCACUGCGCAAGAACAUCCUGGAGAACGAGAAGAAAACAGAUGAAGAGAGUAAAAAGAAUCAGAAGAAAAUGAAAAAUUUGCUGGACAUUCUGUCAAAUCCAAAGAAAAGGGUGCCUUUACCUGUCUUGGAGAAAUUUGAAAUGCUGCUGCUCAAAGUGCACCCAACUGGCAGUAGCUCCAGCGCCAACGGUCACAUGUGUCAGCCCUUACUGGACGCAGUGGCUCAAUUCUCUUCUGCGGCCUCGCUCAACCACUCGCUGUACCGCACAUUUGGGCCGGCUCUAGAAGCCUACAUGGGACCCCCAAUCAAAGCUCCUAGUCCUCCCCCGUGCAAAAAGAGGAAACUGGAGAAAGAUGCCUCAGAGGAGCUCCCGGACAUCCUACAGGGGGAGAUUGCCCGAUUGGGCCGUCGCUUCAUCAUCUCUGUCGACCCUCGGCAUCAUGCCGGCUCCGAGUCGCAUCAUCUCGUCUGCAAGCUCGGAGAUGAGUGUGCGCAAAGCGUGUGAUCCGGAAAACCCAGUGAUUUGCCAGCCCAACCCAAUCUACGCCAUCUAGUCCUCUCUCAUCAUGCAAAGCAAACACAUUACUUGACCAGUCACUGACCACACACAGAUGAUUUGACCUGACACCGACCUUAGUAAGAUGUGACCCGUACACUGACCUUAGAAAGAUUAUGUGACCCAUACACUGACCUUAGUAAGAUGACAUGACCCCUGACACUGACAGUACUGAGAUGUUUUGACCUGUCACUGACCUUAGUAAGAGGAUGACUUUCCCUGACGCUGACCACACUAAUACUCAGUGAACACUGCCAAUAUUAAAUUUAGUUGGGGCCAACCAGAUUUGUUCUUCGUGGAGUGGCAAAAAGUUACUGUUCUGACACAGUACAACCGAUUGUACUGGCUACCUUGAAAAACAAACGCAUGCAAUUUGACGGCCACGGUUCAACUUUCGUUAAUUAAAUUCGGUGGUAUUGUGCAGAUGAGGUAGCUUUUGUCCCACCCAUGCAGGAAAAUCUGGCUGGGUCUGACUCAAACUGAUGAUGAUUGUGACUGGCUGGGUGCACUGGGAAUGUAAUGACUUGACCAGUCACUGACCAAGACUGAGAUCAUACCCAGCAACUAAGAAGGCAGCAAGUUUUUCCUACUUACCACAGGACCACUCUCUGUGGACCUCUCUUGUGCUGCAAGAACACUCUCACUGUUGUGUGGCUGAGCCUCUUGUAGUUAAGUGUUUUUGUGUGUGUGUGUGUGUUGUUGUUUUUUUUGGGGGGGGGAUAUUUUUUUAGUUUUUUGUUUGUUGUUGUAUUUGUUUUGUUUUUGGUUGUUUUUGUUUUUGGUUGUUGUUUUUUUGUGGGGGUAAGGUUUUGUACAUACUUGGUGACUGAGGUCUUGUGUAAAUGUUGUGUGUUACCUUUUGUUGAGGUCUGGUGCGGAUGGCAGGCAUUCAGGUCCUUACAAGAACUUGUACUGUUUGGUGUUCUCCCCCUCAAUGGUAUAAGUGGUGAAUGUUCUUUCUUGUGACCCUAAUUUGACAGAUUUUGGUGGGGGGUUUUUUGGGUUUUUUAAUUUAAUUUUUUUUAAAAUUAAUCUAAGAACACGUAAUAAAAAAUAUUGGCUUCGUUGUUCAUUGCAUUUAGGUUUGUACAUAUUAAUAUAUAUAAUAUUGUGAAAAUGUUUUUCUUUCUCCUUUUUUUUCUUCAGUUCAAGAAAAACAAUGCAUGAUAUAGAUCUUUGUCAUAGUGCCACAGAUCUGGAAUAUUUACAAUAUAAUGUCAAAAAGUAUUGAUUUGUAUGUUUGGGUCGCUGAGUGUGUCAGAAUUCUUCUCCACUAUGCUUAUGCUGUCGUAUUUGUAUGCUCAUUUCAUGACAAUUGAAGUGUAAAUGUGGGUAAAAGUACUUUUCAACCUACCCCCACCCCCCCCAAAUUUCUUAAGUAAAUUAAAAGCACAUGAUCAAACAUGAUGUCAAGCGGUCCCAAUUUGGCUCCGCAGACAGUGGACACCUUGGAUGUGUGUUCUGUGUGGUGUGAGUUCCGAAUAGAAUGCCCAAGUUUACUUUUACCUUAAUGUGUUUGGACUCCUUUGUGUCUUCUUGAGUUGGGUGGGGUGGGACGGGGUUGUGUUCAGUUUAUGGAAAAAUAAAUAUGCCGAGAGAAGCAAUCCAUAAGUAGGCAGUGUUUGUUUCAAGACAUGAGCUUUAAAAAGAAUGGAAUUUUUUUUGUGGAAUUAGUACGGUAGUUCAUUUUUUUUAUUCUUUGGAUUAGCCACUUCUUGAGCACCUCCCAAAAGGACUUUUUUGUAACUUUGGAUUUUUAAAAAUUUUUUUAAACAAUGUAAAAUGAACUGUAUUGACACUAUGUUAUUUUCUCGGCGUCUGCUGUAGAGGUCAGCUGCUUCGCCAUCACACGCAGAAGACCUGAGUUCAAUUUCCAUAUGGGGAGAAUUUUUAUCAAGUAUAUCGGUCUUUCUGCUGUGACUUUGUACCCUUUUGUAGCAGGCUGCCUCCUAAAUGAUCUAAUUUGUUGAUGUGAGCAUGAAAACAACUGCAUGAAAAACCAACAAAUUUUUAGUGUGUUAAUGUUGUUGACAGAAAUGUUUUUCUUGACAAAGACUAGUUUAUUAGACUUGUGUAUUUGUUUCUGGUCUCAUAUAAUGAUUUGCAUCCUGAAACCCACAGCAGUUAGUUCAGGAAUUUUAGAAGCAAAUUCUGACCCUUUUUUUUUUUCAGGUAAGGGGGAGACUAUUAUCAGGCACAAUCACAUAUAUAUUAUUAUUAGCCUAUGACGUCAUAUGUCUUAACGAUGCAGGAUCAGAAAUCAUUCCAUAAAGUUAUGUCAUUAGUGAUUGACUGAAUGUAUUUGAGAGACUUACAUGAAGGUUGCUGUCGGUUGGAGAAUGUUUGUGAAAAUGAAAUAAAAUGAUAAUGUCAUUCUUUG